AUGCCAGCUGACCUUUACCCUGCCGCAACCCCACCGACGAUCAAAAUCCCUCAGCUGCUCGACACUGCGAGUAACGGUUCGGGCUCAGGCUCGAACGAUACGUCGAAGGUUACCUCUCCUGUGUCGCAGGAGGGUGGUAACGGCAACGGCAACGCUGAGAUGCAGCAGGGCAAUGAGGAGUACAACGGUGCGCUGCAUGGGUUCGUCGAGUUCCAUUCGAACGCUGCGCAGUCGACGGGCUUUGGGAUACCAGGGCAGGUUCCUGCGUUCUCCGCCGCUGGCGGCGAAAUGAAUCAUAACUCAAUGUUCCAAGUCUACGAAGAGCCACCCACCGCCAAACCUCGUCAACGCGCUCUCUCACAACUUACCAUCCCUACCGACCCAUCAAGCUCUUCGAGCGGUCCGCUCUCUGCACCCGUCCACCCAUCCGACUCUACCUCACCCAACUCAUCUACGUCGUCCUCGUCGCGGUUGUUCUUACCCGACGGGUUCUCCUCACCAACAAGUCAGUCAUCGAACAGUACUGCGUACCUCCAAGUCCCGCAGCCGCAGCACCGCGCAGUCCCACAAGGCCUCCCCGAAUCACCUGAACCUCCCGCAGCAGGUGAAUGGGACGACUAUGGCUUACCUUCAUGGGCGAUGGGGGCGUUUUGCGACUCUCCUCCUGACAACAACUCCACCGCAAUGCAAAAUACUCAGCAGCACCCGAACGGGUUCGGUGAGAUCGACAUUGCUAUGGAUAUGGAGAAUAUGGGGAUUUCGCCGUGGAUGACGUUUGGGAGUUCGUUGGAUGCUAUGAACUGUUCGAUGGGCGCUAUGGGUAGUUUCGGUAGUGGCAUGAAUGGGAUGGGAGGUGGGAUGAAUGGCAUGAACGGCGGUGGUAUGGACGGUAUGGACGGUAUCUCGACGAAUGGGAAUGGUCCUAAUGGCGAAUACGUCGGAGACCAUUACUCGAUGCAAAUCCAGUAUGAGGAUUUGUUGGACCCGUCGCAGAUUUUAUAA